AUGGAGAAAUUUUCACGUUGGAGAGACAGCUCUACCGGAAUUCAACCAUUUUCAACACCAUUGCCUUCUAGAAGGAGAACAGAUUCUAUGGAACAUCUUCUAUUUCUCUUGGGCGAAGUCCUGAAACCCCUUCUCGGAAUUGUGAAAUCAGUACUGGUCCUAUUGGCUCUUCUGCUUCUGUUUCUGAUUCGUGAUAUGAUAGGCGUGUUAUUGCUACCGUUAGGAGCUGUUCAUAGGGCCUUUCGGUCUAUAUUUACCGCACUUUUGACGCGUCUGGCACUCCUGUUUAUGGGCUUUUACUGGAUUACUGUUGAAAAUGUAACACUGAAAAGAGGACGCUCUCAUGCAAAAGGACACAAAAAAAACAUUUCAAACCGAAUAAAGUCUGGAGAUGUGAUAGUUUCCAACUGGUGUUCUUACAUUGAUGUACUGUAUUUUGCAUUCAAGUUUAAUCCCGUGUUUACUCAGCUAUAUCCUGCUACAAAUACAUUACGGCCAAUUUCUCUGUGGAGAGCCAUCGCAAUAGCAGGCUCUUAUCCCGAGUUCAAACCACCAACUAAUCUUGAGACAUACAAACUCAAAGACCUAUGUCAACUAGCUGCCAAGAAUCGAUGGGGUCCAAUAGUUAUCUUUCCUGAGGCUACGACGUCCAAUGGACGUGCAUUACUGAAAUUCUGUCCUAUAUUCCACGAAAUGUCCUUACCUGUCAAGAAUUGUGUCAUCCAUGUCUAUGCAAUAAAGUAUGACUAUGAGGGUUUCUCGCCGACAUACACGGUUGGAAGUAGAUUUUGGCAUUUCAUGAGAUUAUGUGGGGAGUUUAAGAAUACUCUGACUGUAAAGCAUCUGGCUACAGAAGAGAGUCCGUCAUCGCCGUCGUUCACAGCCUCUUUACAAUCAACGUCUACACCAUUCGCGAAGCAGGAUAUGGUUGGAUCUCAGGUGAUUCACUUACUGCACCAAAUAAGUCGAUUGCGUAUGACGAAUCUUGGUGUGCUAGAUAAAGCCGACUUUCUAAAUUACUAUUGGAGAACAAAUAGUGCAUAUGGAAAGAAUCGAAGAAUUUAUUAA